GUGAAUGAUGCAGAAAGCACGGUGGCGGUGGAGUUCACGCCCACCAUUCCUCACUGCAGCAUGGCGACGUUAAUCGGCCUCUCCAUAAAAGUAAAAUUGCUCCGAUCUCUGCCCGAGAGAUUUAAGCUGGAUGUUCAUAUAACACCAGGAACACAUGCCUCUGAGCACGCAGUUAAUAAACAGCUUGCUGAUAAAGAACGUGUAGCAGCUGCUCUGGAAAACUCUCACUUGCUGGAAGUGGUGAAUCAGUGUUUGUCUGCUCGAUCAUAA